UUAGGUUUCCACAGCAUCUGGAGACCUGAGAGGAUCUACAGACACACAAGAGGAAGGACAAGAAUAGUGUGGACGUACGGAGGAAUAUCAGAAACCAGAGGAAAAGACUGGAUAAAAAACAACACCUUAAAAGAGGAGAAGAGAAGAGAAAAGAAGAGAGGAGUCGAGGAGGAGAAGUAGUUGAUCUAACGGGACGGGAGAGGAGCAGAGUUGUGUCACAGCAGCAGGAAUGUUACCGGUGAUACUGACAGUUUACCUCAAUGACACCCAGCAGAUGCUCACCGAGGUCCCAGUUUCUCCAGCAACCAGAGUGACUGAUGUGGUUGAAUACUGCAAAGAGGCCGGCGAGGGGGAAUGUCACUUAGCCGAAGUAUGGAACGGGCAUGAGCGAGUCCUCCCUCAGGAGUUAUUAUUGCUGGAUCUCCUUCAGCAGUGGGGGGCCAGGAGGCCUGAGGUCAGCUUCUACCUCCGACACUGCCCCGCCUGGGCACAAGGAAGUCAGCAGCCUCCGGAGAAAAGCUGGACCUCAGAAGCAACAGAGAGCGCUAAUGACAGGAUUCCCCGUGUGGAGCUGACCCUCUCUGAGCUCCAGGAAAUGGCCACAAGACAACAGCAACAGAUAGAGGCUCAGCAACAGAUGUUGGUCGCCAAGGAGCAGAGACUGAGGUAUCUUCAUCAGGGAGGCAGAUCCAACCAGGGACAGACACAGUCUGAAGCUGAGAAGCUGCAGCGGCUAAAGGAACGCGUAGAGACUCAGGAAGCAAAGCUGAAAAAGAUCCGAGCCAUGAGGGGACAAGUGGACUACAGUAAACUGAUCAACGGAAACCUCUCUGCCGAGAUAGACCACGUGAGCAGCUUGUUUCAGGAGAAGCAGGCGGAGCUGCAGUCUGCAGUGGUCAGAGUUGACCAGUUGACUCAGCAGUUGGAGGAUUUGAGGAAAGGGCGCAUUCAGUUUCACUCUGCACCGCCUCAUGGGGCACCCACGGGGGGCCAUGGUACCACCACAGGCCAGAAAGGGUCGCCCCUGUCUGGCCCUGCAGCCCUGGAGCUGAGGAAACUCUACCAGGAGCUGCAGGCUCGUAAUCGCCAUAACCUGGAGCAGAGCAGCAAGUUGUCCCAGAACAAGGAGCUGCUAAACAAGAGGAACACCCAGGUGACAGUGAUGGAUCAACGCAUCGGAGAUCUGCGAGAACGAUUGCACAAGAAGAGAGCUGAGUUAAGCCGUAUGAAUGGAGGGGGCCUGUCCUCCCCUCAGUCCUCUUCCCACCCUGCUGGUGGAGUUUUGGGUCGAGUGGCAGCUGUCUGCCCCUACAUCCAGGUUCCAGCGGAGGGGAGACAGGAGGCGGGUUACCACCUGCCAGCUGACCCUCCACCCAAACCCACCCCACUCAGCCACACCCGUUCCCUCUCAGCCAACGAAGCAUCAUGGCCUAGCAUCAGUAAGAGUGUGUCCGAUUGGAGGACCAACAGUCCAGAACAGCUUCCCUCUGGUUAUGGUACCUACCCCAGUGCCACCCACCAGGCGGCAGGGCAUCACUGUGUCACCAGCUCCCUGCCCCGCUCUGCCCCUGGUACACUGGGCUGGCGUCGAUCUAACGUUGCCAACGCCACGUCAUCUUCCUCUUCAUCAUCCUCCUCCUCCCAGCAGAUACAACAUCGUAUCUCUGUACCUCCUCAUUCAAACCAAGCCCAGCCCUCUCCACUGUCCCCACAAACAGAGCGAACAGAUCCCCCUCCAGCUGUGGCCGUACGCCCCUAUGUCCCGGACCAUCCCUCCAGGCCCCAGUCCCCCAGGAAGGGUCCUGCCACCAUGAACAGCAGCUCCAUCUACAGCAUGUACCUCCAGCAGCCUCAGGCUAAAAACUAUGGAUCCCUUAGCAAUAGAACUACCGUCAAAGCAGUCUAUGGCAAACCUAUCCUCCCCACGUCCUCCACCUCUCCGUCCCCUGUCCCUUUCCUCCAGGGAGGAGGAGGAGUGAGAGCAGGAGGAGAGGAUGUAACAGAUAAGGAAGGAGGGAAACGAGGAGGAGAGAGCAGUGAUGGGCAAAUUAUUCCUCCGCCAAGCGUAGAUAACAUCCCUCGUCCCCUCAGUCCCACAAAGCUCACUCCAGUUGCCCACUCCCAGCUACGUUACCAGAGUGAUGCUGACCUGGAGGUCCUUCGCAGACGCCUCAGCAACGCUCCACGGCCGCUGAAGAAACGCAGCUCAAUCACUGAACCAGAGGGCCCACAGGGGCCAAACAUCCAGAAACUUCUGUACCAGAGAUUCAACACACUGGCGGGAGGAAUGGAAGGAGGCUCAGGCAACACUUUCUACCAGCCUGAAUGCCUUUUGGGUGACAUGGACAACAUCCAUUCAGCCAAUGGGAAUGUAGAACCUGGUGACAAGCACAUCAGUGCGGCAGCUGUGGAGGGCGAAGUCCAGAACCUGAACUCGGACUCCAGACGCUUGUCCCCUCCUUCUAUUUCCAUAGAAACAUCCAAAGAGUCAAUUGCAACAGCGGAAGCUACCAAUAUUGUCUCUCCGUCAACCCAGCCCAGCCCAUUCCCUUCACCUGAUAGGCCAGAGGACCAGAAUAAUAACAAACAGAGAGGAUCUAGUCCUACAAACAACUCUGUAGGCCAGGCCUCUCCAUCACCUCCUGCACCUCCUCCGCUGCCUAAGACGAAGCGAACCAACCUGAAGAAGCCGUCAUCUGAGCGGACAGGCCACGGUCUCCGAGUCAAGUUUAACCCUCUCGCCCUGCUGCUGGAUGCGUCGUUAGAGGGAGAGUUUGAUCUGGUGCAGAGAAUCAUCUAUGAGGUGGAAAAUCCCAGUAUGCCCAAUGAUGAAGGCAUAACUCCUCUUCAUAAUGCUGUCUGCGCUGGACAUCACCAUAUUGUCAAGUUUCUGCUGGACUUCGGAGUGAACGUGAACGCAGCUGACAGUGAUGGAUGGACUCCUCUGCACUGUGCAGCUUCAUGUAACAGCGUUCACCUCUGUAAGAUGCUUGUGGAGUCCGGGGCGGCCAUUUUCGCAACAACAAUUAGUGAUGUCGAAACAGCAGCAGACAAAUGUGAAGAAAUGGAGGAGGGCUACACACAGUGUUCUCAGUUUCUCUACGGUGUACAGGAGAAGUUGGGGGUUAUGAACAAAGGCUUGGUCUACGCUCUGUGGGACUACACGGCCCAGCAGGCUGAUGAGCUUCCCUUCAGCGAGGGCGACGGCCCCACUGUGCUGACCCGGCGUGACGAGACUGAGACAGAGUGGUGGUGGGCGCGACUUAAUGACCGGGAGGGAUACAUCCCCAGGAACCUGCUGGGGCUGUAUCCAAGGAUCAAACCCAGACAACGCUCGUUGGCAUGAAGCCCAGAUCAGGGGCCACGUGCACACUCACUGUGGGCACAUGCAUGCAGAGAAGAAGAGGAGCAGAAGCCGCAUGAGGGCGGGCGUGCUACCCAUGUAAGAAGGACUCAAGGAAGGAUAGAAAUAGUCAAGAGUGUAAAGAAAGAAAGAGGAAUAUGGAGGUUAAAGUUGUAGCUGGGUAUGUUUUUGGUAUGUUUGGGUGUAACGCUGGAACAAAAGAGUCAUGUUGUGGUUGAGUCAUGAUAUAUUUUACCGAGUUGCUGCAGAGUUGAGGAAAUUGCCUGAAUCUUGUUUUUGCUACGGUAGCUUGAAAACUUCACUGGUGUUCAGCCGCAUGACAGAUGCUGAAUAGAAAAGAAAAUCACCGAACCUUUCUUAUCUAUUGGAUGAAGCUUCAGUUCAUUUAGCUCAAAACAUGACACAAUGAGACUACUCAUCAUCUGCAUAGCAAAUGGACAAGAUAUGUACCAAUAGAAAUGAACACGAUGUCGGACAAAUCUGUCACACUGUGAGGUGUGAAGAUUUCUGAAUCAGGUGACGUGUGUGAUGUGACAUGUGAAAGUGAGGACGGAGAGAGGAAAGUGAAAGAAAAGAACAGAGGAAUGUGUGUUCAAGCAAGUUUAGCCAGUACUGUGUGGCUGUUGAUCGGUUGAUCGAAAAUUUGCUGAGGUGCACAUCAGCCCAAACAAGCACCAGAUUUUCACAGUUAAAUAAAAAAGCAUGGUAAAAAAAAGUUUGAACUGAUAUCAGAAGAUUUUACAAAACUGAUGUAAAAAGCAUCUGUGAACCAUUACUGAUGUAUUUCAGUAUUUGCAUCUGUCUUAUCGCUGGUGCAUGCUGACACAUCAACAUCUGCUCAACUGCAAAAUGGUUGUUGAUGGAAAAACAGAAGAUAGGAAGGAAAAGAGAAUGUGUACAGAAUGUGUUUGUGUAGCUGUGAAACCAAACUAUGUAAAAAUAAACAGAUUUAAAGGGGAGAGACCACAAUGAGGAAUUGAAUAGAGAGAACACCUGCUAGCCUUCACACAAUUACACAUAAAGUUUAAUCCAGACUAGAGCCUCGUUCACACUGCUCCUCAUACUGUUAGAAAACUGGUAUCAGGCUCUAGAACUAACGAUCACAUUAAUCAGUCAUCGACCAACAAACUAUAUUUGUUAGUCAAAUGUUAAAAUACCACAUAAAAGCUCCAGUAUCUAUUUUGACAACUUUGAACACCAGAGUGUAGAAGGUUGAAAACCAAAUGUACAGGCUAAAUACCAACACUUUAUCCUAGGGCCAAUUGGUUUAGUAUUGAAAUGGGGCUACAUUAGCUCAGAGUGAAUGCAGAAUCUAAAGUUUGAAAACAACUUGAGUUUUUAUUUUAUUUCAUUUUAUUAUUAUUUUUUUCACAUUUAAAUACUU